CGCGCCCGCCGCCAGACCCGGAGCUCGCGCAGCCGCCGGCGGGGCCGAGGAUGGCGCUGGGGCCGGGGCCGUGGGACGGGCCGCUGAGCCUGGGCGAGGUGGAGCAGCGGCCGGCGCAGCCCCUGCGCGUGCGGUACGGGGCGGCGGCGGCGAUAGACGAGCUGGGCCAAGUGCUGACCCCCACCCAGGUUCAGAACUGCCCAACCAGCAUUGAGUGGGAUGGCUGUGAUCCACAGAAACUCUACACCUUGGUUCUCACUGACCCAGAUGCUCCAAGCAGGAAGGAUCCAAAGUUCAGGGAAUGGCAUCACUUCUUGGUUGUCAACAUGAAAGGAAAUGACAUCAGCAGUGGGUGUGUCCUUUCUGAUUAUGUUGGUUCUGGGCCACCCAAAGGGACAGGACUUCAUCGGUACGUGUGGCUGGUCUACGAACAGCCGCAGCCACUGAACUGCAACGAACCCAUCCUCACAAACCGAUCUGGUGACAAACGUGGGAAGUUCCAAGUGGCAUCUUUCCGCAAAAAGUACAAGCUGGGAAACCCAGUGGCUGGCACGUGCUAUCAGGCAGAGUGGGAUAGCUAUGUGCCCAAACUUUACGAGCAGCUGUCUGGGAAGUAGUGGGGAGGGGCAACCCUUAAGCCUCUCAUCCUUGUUCCUACAUCCCCAAAUCCCAUCACUUAGAACAAAACUAGCUUUGAGCGAGAUGGAUCGGUCUUUUGGGAGACAAAGUUUGGGCAAAAGUAAGUGUUUGGAGAAGAGCAAUUUCUACCACUGUCCCUGCUGCUCCUUUCCUCUUACCCAGCUCUAUGCUGCCUCUGCAAACAGUUACUGGGUGGAACCAGAGCCCCUUACCCAGUGUACAGCUGUGACCUGAACCUGCUUCAGUAUUAAUGUAGUUUUUGCAUAGGUGGGGGGGGUCCUGCCCAAUCACCAAUGCAGACCACAGUGUUGCUAGUAGCAAGUGGUCCCUACCCAAACAGGGUAAAGGGAAAAUGUACCAUUUAUUGUGCCCAUUUCUGCAGAAACCAUUGCUGCCUAAAGAGCACUAGUACAAUCCAGAAAUCUGCUAAGGUGAAAUGCUGAGAGCUGCUUACACCUCCUGGGCCAUCUUGAAAAGCCUGUCUCUUUGAAACUCUUUGGGGGUGGGGAGGGGAGAAUAUGGCUUCUGUUUCUCUUCCCUCAUGGUAAGAAUGAGCUGAGGUUCCUGGAGAUGAGCUAAUCCCCAAGAACCCCCCUUGCAUGUGUUCCCACUUGCCCUUGCAAUCUUAGGUCAAACCUCACAAUUAGUCUGGAAAGAGAAAGAUUUGACUUACAGUAGCAAACAGAUUAAAACACUCAGAGCCUGCCUUUAUGCAGACAUACAAAGUAGUGGGGAAAGACAGGAUUCACUAGUCACUAAAAUGUGGUGAUAGCAGAUUACUAUAGGAGGGGGGAUACUGUAGAGACUACCCAAGGACAGCUACUAUCCAAAAAGACUUUCAGAUGUUCCCUGGAGGUAGCAGUAGGUCAGAGACGCUCUGUGGAGCUGCUUGGUUCCACACCAGUAUGUCAGGUGACUGCUGUACCCUUUAAUUUGAUUUAACUAUAUACUGGAAUGGGGGAAAAAACUUGACCCUGGAAGCUUCUGUUGAACCAGAAAAUUAAUUUAGCUGAUAUUGUUUGUGCAAGUCAUUGUUGUGCACUAUUUGCUGUUUGCUUUUAGUUCCAUUAAAAGGACAGAAUCACA